AUGGGCUCCACAAGACUUUACUCCAAGGGCCGCAUUCUUGGCCACAAGCGGUCGAAGCGCAACUCCCGUCCCAACACCUCCCUCCUCCAGAUUGAGGGUGUCGCAAACAAGGAGGAUGCUCAGUACUACCUCGGAAAGCGAGUCGCCUUCGUCUACCGGGCAAAGACGGAGGUCCGCGGUUCCAAGGUCCGUGUGAUCUGGGGGCGUGUCACCCGCCCGCACGGCAACUCUGGUGUCGUAAAAGGCAAGUUCAGCUCGAACCUGCCCCCACACUCGUUUGGCGCGAGCGUCCGGGUGAUGAUGUUCCCUUCCAACAUCUAA